AUGAAUAUUACCCCAAAUUCCAUCUUCUCAGGACGCUGCCAAAUAAGCAUCUUUCAAUACAGAUGUCUCCACAACGGGCAGGAGAACAGCGCAAGAUGCAGGAGUCAUUUCGAUAACAAGCCCUGUAUCCCUGAUGUGGUUUACUCGGAGGAAGUCAAGGAUAGAGAUUGCGCAGAAUGUGUCAUGAGAAAUUCCGGUUAUACUUCCGACGAAAUUUACAUGAAUACUCCCCCGAACACUGCCACCAAACCAUUAGAACUCGAUGAUAAGAGAGUGUUAAAGCGACCCGGUCUUUUCAAUCGAAGUCGAAGUGGUAUUAAACGCAAACCCACACCAAGCGGAACCGGAGGAGAUAAGCUUGCAAGAAGUAAGGACAUCAAAUUCCACCAAGCUAGAAAUGAUGAACUGAGAUAUAGAAGAGCUAUUGUCAAGUCUCGCAGUGAAGGUGGAUAUAGCACACCUACGAAGACUUCCAGAAAGAUACCUAAGAGAACGAGAAUGAGUGCAAAGGCACAAUUGAAGUCGAAGGCGGAGGCUGAAAUGACGGAUGAAAUGGAAUUUGACAUGGAGAUGGAAGGAUACGGAGAUAAAAAUGAUGUAACCGAUCUAUCUCACAAGUUGAGCUCUCUUACUUGCGAUUAA